ACAUGGGUCAAGCACCUGCCAAAGAGGAAGAUUUCUCUUGGGCUUACACGGAAGAGCCUCAUGCUUCAAGACGCAAAGAAAUUUUGGCAAAGUAUCCACAAAUAAAGGAGCUUUUUGGUCAAGAUAAGGCAUUCCGUCCAGUUGUAGUAUGUAUGGUUAUAGCACAGAUAGUUUUUGCAUAUUUACUUCGAGAUUCGGAUUGGCUUUUGAUUUUGUUCCAAGCUUAUUUCGUAUCUGGAACUAUCAAUCAUUCACUCACGCUUGCAGUUCAUGAAAUUAGCCACAAUCAGGCUUUUGGUACUAAUAGACCACUAGCUAAUCGUAUCUUUGGAUUUAUUGCAAAUCUUCCAAUGUGUAUUCCAAUGUCAAUUUCAUUCAAAAAAUAUCAUUUGGAACAUCAUCGUAACCUAGGAGAAGAUGUCAUUGAUACCGAUGUGCCAACCGAAUUCGAAGCCAAAGUCUUCCGGACAUGGCUCGGAAAAAUGAUUUGGAUGAGUCUUCAACCACUUUUCUAUGGAAUCCGUCCAUUCAUGCUUUAUCCAAAAUCAAUGACUGAUUUGGAGUUGAUUAAUGUUGCAAUUCAACUUUUAUUCAGUACAUUUAUCUACACACAAUUCGGAGCAAAAUCAUUUUUCUUUUUGUUCGGAGGACUUGUUCUUGGAAUGGGAUUGCAUCCAUGUGCUGGUCACUUUGUUUCCGAACACUACGUUUUCAAGAAGGAUCAGGAAACUUACAGUUAUUACGGUCCAAUCAAUAUGGUAGUUUUCAAUGUCGGAUAUCACGUCGAACAUCACGAUUUCCCUUACAUAACUGGAUCAAAUCUUCCAAAGGUCCGCGAGAUUGCUCCUGAAUACUACCAGGAUUGGCAGACUCAUGACAGUUGGGUUGGUAUGAUGGCCGACUUCAUUUUUAAUCCAAAAAUGACCCUCCGCAAAAGAAUCAAGAGAAAAUAUGCAAAACCUGAUCAAUUCUCAUUCUAUGGAACUGGACCAUAUGAGACGAGUCAUGUUUAUCAGUCAAUUGCCAAUGUUGUGAACAUGCUCACUGGAUUCGGAGGACGUAAGUCCGUUGUGAAAUGCGACUGAUCUUUAUGCCAACACACAACUUUCUACCAAAAACUCGAGCCAAAUGUACAAACUAUGGUUUUGAUUGUUGUUUUAUUCUCUUUUGAUUUCGUUUUCACAUCCAUCCACCUUCUAUAUUGUUAGUAUUAUCAUUGCCAAGGUCAUGCCCUUUUUUGAUUCCCGAUUAAUUCCCAAAAUUCUACGCAAAAUUAUUGUUUCCUCGAAACCCCGCUGGUAACUCUCAAAGACCAUUUGAUCGCCGCUUGCCGCUUCUUUUUUCACACGUAUUUAUUUCCUACUAGUUUCCAAAUUAUUCUUGUUUUGUAGCAAUUACAAUAAAGUGUAGCUCUUCUUCU